CUCUGCCUGGGUGUCUCCCUCUCUCAGUGUGUGUGUCUCUCUGUUUUCACACUCUCCUCCCCAUUCGAGCGAGGCCCACACCUGGCGCAUCACUGCCGAGCCAUUAGCUGCGGGUCUCCUUUCAUCUUCGCUGUGGCAGACGUUUCUAUUUAUCCACUUGCGCUCGCCGAGUGGCGUCACCAGCGGUACUGUAAUGACGAUUGCAGCAGGAGGAUGACAGCUUAGAAAGAAGAGGGCAAUGGGGCUUCCUCCCAGAGGCGGUGCGGCACAGAGGAGCGCUCGCAUCACAAGGUGACCCCGGCUCCCCACCGCCACCACCGCCGUCACCGUCGACAUCGCGCUCCGGCCGCUUCGCGCCCGCCCAGUCGCCUGGCCUCUCUUUCUCCCUCCCGCAGCCAAGAUCUGUCGGACUGCUGGGGACCCAAGAAGCCGGUGGCUAGGAGCUCAUUUGGGGCUUCCCCCUCACCCCCGGAGAGCCCCGGGAUGGAGAGCCGAAAGGACAUGGUUAUGUUUCUGGAUGGGGGUCAGCUUGGUACUCUGGUUGGCAAGAGGGUCUCCAAUUUGUCCGAAGCCGAGCCGCUCGAGAAGAUGGUCCCCCGUGGUUGCUUGAGCCCGCGGGCAGGUCCUCUGGCCGCCCGGGAGCGCGGCGGGGGAGGCCCGGAGGAGGAGCCGGUCGACGGACUAGCAGGCAGCGCUGCGGGGCCGGGUGCCGAGCCGCGGGCAGCUGGGGCCGCCGUGCUCGGCCCCGGACCUCCGGCCCCCUCCUCCGACAGCCUUUCGGGCCAGGGGCAACCCAGCAGCUCGGACACUGAAUCGGAUUUCUAUGAAGAAAUCGAGGUGAGCUGCACCCCGGACUGCGCCACGGGGAACGCCGAGUACCAGCACAGCAAAGGGCCCAGCUCCGAGGCACUGGCCAGCAGUCCCAACGGUGGCAGCGAGGCCCCCAAGAGCAACAGUGGCGGCAGCUCGCAGGGCACCUUGGCCUGCAGCGCCAGUGACCAGAUGCGACGUUACCGUACCGCCUUCACCCGGGAGCAGAUUGCACGGCUGGAGAAGGAAUUCUACAGGGAGAACUACGUAUCCAGGCCUCGGAGAUGCGAGCUGGCGGCUGCCCUAAACCUGCCAGAAACCACCAUCAAGGUGUGGUUCCAGAACCGGCGCAUGAAGGACAAGCGGCAGCGGCUGGCCAUGACGUGGCCGCACCCGGCAGACCCCGCCUUCUACACGUACAUGAUGAGCCACGCGGCGGCCGCGGGCGGCCUGCCCUACCCCUUCCCGUCGCACCUGCCCCUGCCCUACUACUCGCCCGUGAGCCUGGGCGCCGCGUCCGCCGCGUCGGCCGCCGCCUCGCCCUUCAGCGGCCCGCUGCGCCCGCUCGACACCUUCCGCGUGCUCUCGCAGCCCUACCCGCGGCCCGAACUGCUGUGCGCCUUCCGCCACCCGCCGCUCUACCCGGGCCCGGCGCACGGACUGGGCGCCUCGGCCGGCGGCCCCUGCUCCUGCCUCGCCUGCCACGGCGGCCCGGCCAACGGGCUGGCGCCCCGCGCCGCCGCCGCCUCGGACUUCACCUGUGCCUCCACCUCCCGCUCGGACUCCUUCCUCAACUUCGCGCCCUCCGUGCUCAGCAAGGCCUCCUCUGUCGCGCUGGACCAGAGGGAGGAGGUGCCCCUCACCAGAUAAGGGGCCGCCCGCGGGCUGCCGGCUCCAGGACGCCCGUGGGGGCCCCCCCGGGGACUCAGCCAGCGCCCCUCCCCGCCCCCAGGGCACCGAGGGGAAAGAAGAGGGUCGCAAAGAACCAACGGGACUCGGCCUCGAGGAUCGGGACGCCCGGGAAGCGGCGUGGCUGGCGCGUUUGGGGAGCAGGAGUGGAGAUGGGGAGGCAGAAGCUGAGAGACCUUUCUCUGGGGCGGGCCCUCUUUGCCGUUCUUCACCGGACCCGCAGCCCCUGAACAGGGUUGCCGCCGUGGCUCCAAAGCUGAACAAACUUAGCAGCAACAGCAACCAAUACUCAGCCCCUCAGCACCUGCCCCCCGCCCCCCCACCUCCCGCCCCUUCCUCACCCGGGACCCCUCCCCUCUGUCCAAGCCCAAGCGUGGAAGGGGAAACUGCUAUGUCUUUGAACAAAGUGCUGUGUAUGCAGAGCAGGUAGAGAUUAAUCUUUGCCAGCUUUUCCAAGGCAUGGCGAGGGGCUUGCGGAUGGCAACGCACCAGCCAUCUACGGGAGAGAGUUAGAUGAUUUACUACCAAGGAGAAUCCUGCCCCUAACGUGGGGGCUCUCUUGCCUUCCUGGAGCCUCAGUUACACAAUAUCUUCUGGCUCUGGCAUCUACCAGCACCUGAUCUCUUCCCUCUCUCCUAGCUUCUUGAUAUCUCUCAAGUAGCAACUCCACCACCCCCACCCCCACCCCCACUUUUUGUUUAACGUUGGCAGGGAGAUUACAGAUGCCCCAGGGCCCCUGGGCAGCUCCUACCAAGCCUCUUCUCUCUGGGCCCAACACACACCCUGAUUAGCAAGUGGUGCGUGUGAGGAGGGUUUUUGAAUGUUGAAUGUAUAAUAAUGAUCACCAUGCGGCUGGCCACUGAGCCCAGAGCUGAGCUGUUAACAAGGCGCCCAGGGAAGAGCUUAGGGAGGAGGGACCUAAUCUCCCUCCCUCAGUAUCUGGCAGCAAAUUAGAGGCUAUUUCCAGCCUUUGCUUGUUCGCCUUCCCUUCACCAGGAGCCUUCUGGCUCUUCCUUUUGCAUUUGGCAUUUUACAUCCUUCUUCCUCUUUUUUCCCCCCAAGCUGCCACUGGGGUGUGACUCUCAGCUACUAGCAGGAGCCUUCCACCUCUUCUGGGGGACUUGUCUCUCCCCUUCACCAGCCACUCCCAAACUCUCACUCCUGCACUUGUUCUUCCAGCCAGUUUUUGGGGGAUAAGAGAACUUGUACCCCCCAAGGCCAGCCUCACCCUGACUGGGAGGGAGAGGUUCUUCCUGUAGGGAAUGCAUUUGGUUUGGUUUUCCUUUGAAGCCCAAAGAAUUUGCUGUUACAAUUUGUUAACCGAAUUGCAAUAAAGCUGGA